AUGGAGGACGAUCACCCUUCCAAGCGCCGCCGACGCAGUCGCAAAGUCCACUCCGAUCGCAAGUUCGAAUGCACCUUCGAGGGCUGCGGGAAGAGCUACUCGCGCGCCGAACAUCUCAGUCGCCAUGCGCUCAACCACGCCCCGAAACAAAUCUACCGCUGCGACUUUCCAAACUGCUACCGCUCCUUCGUGCGACAAGACCUCUGCAUUCGCCAUCGCGAACGCCACACCACCAGUGGCUCCCAGCUGCAGAAGCGCGACCACUAUACCGAUCAUGACGCCAAGACCUCGCCUACUUCCUCGCCUGCGAUCACGGCCCCGGACUACUUUGUUGACUCCGAGACGCCUAAACCGCCUGUGACGACGUUCCCGAUCACUACUGGCAUAGAGACGACUGAAAUACCCAUCUCGCAGUACUCCGAUUUCCCCGCUGUGCUGGACCAGCCGGAUAACCUUAUCGACCUGGACUCCAUGUCCUACCCCAUCUUCGGAGGCGAAACCUACAACCGGUCACCUUUUGCCAUGGCAGAUGACUUUGCGGCGUGGUUGUUCAGCGAGCCACUCGCACCGCUGGGGUAUGGGAUGGUACCCAUGGUGCAAAAUCAGUUCUAUAUGAACGAGCCUUCGUACAAUAACUUUUGCACGGUGGUACCGCAACACCCGAUGAGCGUGACCAGUAUUCUAGACUCGGGGGCACCACCGUCGAUCAUCUCAGAAGAGAAGAGGCAGGAAUUACUGCACUUGAUGUCAACGCGAUUCAACGAGGCGGCGUAUGCAGCCGGCGCGAAGCGGAAGGAUGCGCUUAUGGAAGGGGAUUUGAACAAUGACCGGCAUGUCCUUAGUCUGCGCAUGAUGCAGACGUACAUUGGUUCUUAUUGGUACCAUUUUCAUGCACAGUUGCCGAUCCUGCAUCAGCCCACUUUUGCUGCAGAUCGCACGCCUGCACUUCUAAUCUUGGCGAUCAUGGCUAUUGGGGCUGCAACUUUGGAUAAGAUUCAUGGAGAGGCUGCUACUGAGGCGGCUGCCGAGCUGGCUAGCUUUAUUGCCUGGCAUUUGCGCUGGGAGAUCUUUAUGGAUGCGGAUUUCCGGCCACCUGCUAGACUGUGGGUGUUUCAGUCGCUUUUAUUACUGGAAGUCUAUGAGAAGCUGUUCUCUACCCGUGCGCUGCAUGAGCGCGCUCAUAUUCAUCACGAUACGACACUCACUCUCAUGCGCCGAGGUAGUUCGUUGAUCGGCAGUUCUUCAUUCGAUACGCCAGAAACGAAGGAAGAAGACGAGUCAUGGUCAACCUGGAUCAAGGCCGAGGCAACUCGCCGUGUAGCAUUUGCCGCAUUUGUGCUUGAUUCUACACAUGCAACCAUGUUUGGACACUCAGCCAAAAUGGUUGCACAUGAAUUACGACUACCAUUGCCCUGCGAUGAAGCCCUGUGGGCGGCAACCAGCGCAGCAGAGGUGGCUCGAGUCCAGUCCAGCCUGCAGUCACAUGGUGUACGACCGAUCAUGUUUUUGGACGGCUUGAAACGCACACUCAACGGACAACCAGUCCGAACGAACGCGUUCGGCCGGAUUAUCCUCAUGGCAGGCUUGUUGAGUGUCUGCUGGCAUCUGAACCAGCGAGAUCUGCAAAUCAGUUCGCUGGGAGUAGGCCAAACCCUGGGCGGACGCGAUAAAUGGCGCUCAUCCCUACUACGAGCAUUCGAUAACUGGCGACGCGACGUCGACGAAGCCCUAGGUCCAUCGACGACAUCCGAGUCGCGCGAUGUACUACACGGCUUAGCCCACAUGGCCUCCCACGUUGACAUAGUCGAUUUGCAGAUCUUCGCAGGCGCCGGCCGAUUGAUGGGUCGGUCAAUCACAGCACGCGACUACCACAGCGCAAAGGAGAAAACAAGUCGAUGGGCCACGAAAGCCUCAGCCCGUGAUGCCACCUUUUACGCCCUCAAAUUCCUCUCCACCUGUUUUCUCGACCCGGCCACUCAACCGGGCGAAUACGCCGCCCGCGACGACUACCUCCUCAAUCGACCGUGGGUGAUGUACUUCGCAGCAUUGGUAGUCUGGACGUACGGGUACGCCUUGGACGGACCCCUGCGUCCGGCACCGGUGCUCGCCACACAAGCCGAAAGACAACAAGACAUGCAGGUCUUCCUGCAUCGCAUGAGUCAGACCCGGGAACCGAAUGAGCUAGAGGGCUUGACAGGUCGUAAUGGUUGUCUCGGUCUGCUCAUGAUUCUCCGCGACUCCUUUGCUACACCGCGGUGGGAGUUACUAGGGGAAGCGGCGCGGCUGCUGGACAGCUGUAUCGCGAAGCUACAGUCGUAG